GAGUAACUGUAAUCAGUAAUUGGAAUUUUAUUGUAGCUGACAAAAAGAAUUAUGAUAAACUGCGAAUUUUGCUGAUAUCUUUUUCUUUUUUAGUAAAAAUUUCAAUAUUGAAGAUGUUUCAACAAGUUUUUUGGAUUUCAAUUUUCUUAGGCAGAUUGUUCAUCGUGUUGAGCUCUAAAGACGCAAAUGAGAAAAGGUUAGUUUUUAAACAGUUUUAAUAGUCACCUUUAAAGGUCUUAAUAAUUAAGUAAUUACUACUAAAAAUUACUAUAUUACUAUGCAAAUUGAAUUUCACCUGUAGAUGGCAUUAUAACUGCUUUCAUUCACGUUAAAUAGUUUGUUUCUUAACAGUUAUUGAGUGAUGUUACCUUGAUAUUUUCUGAUUAAAUGCAGCCCUAAAAUGUCUAAAGCUUGUUACGAAAUCUAUUCUUUAACCUUGGUAGAUAAAUUAUGUGAAUAUGUUAGCUAAGAAAUAUACGUAUUAUUGAAUCUUGGAUUUAGACAGCCUUGUAAUACUUUUUAAUAGCAAUACAACUAGAAUGAUUGAGAGUUCCGGGACAGAAGAGAAAUUGGAGACAACAGCAGAAGUGAAACCAAAGAAACCGGAUCAGCCUCCUAACAAUUUAUUAAUUGUAAUUACAGUCGGGGCUGGUAUUGCAGUUGCUAUAUUACUGUUCAGUAUAGUUUGCGGUUUGUUAAGGGGGCAGUGUCUAAAGAGAAAGAAGAGAACUUCCCGGGGUAUAUAUAGAAGUUCUAAGAAACAUGUAAACCGACUCUCUACCGUAACGGCUCGGUCCAGCUUCGAAGCAGGCCACCGAAAUCUACCUAAUUUUAGAUCGAUGCAUAGAUCACUAUUACAAAUUUACGAUAGUGUUGAUGCGGCUGAAGUGACAAUCGAGUUACCAAUACAUAUAAAUGAACAACAAGAAAAAUUUGUCAGAUACCCAAUUUUAGACGCUAAGAAUAAUACUAUUACAGAGAUAACUAUACCACUUGGGAAUGAGAAUAGCAUAUAUAAAGGUGUCACCGAAUUAUAAAUCUUAUUAUGUCUUAGAAAAUAUUUAAUUAUUUUCUUUUUUUACCUUGUAUAACUUCUUUGUGGAAUUUUCUUUUAAAUUCUGACUGAUAAAAAGUGGCAUAUUAAGAGACUUUUUGUAAUUUUGUAAUCAUCUUUGAGGCGACAGAAAUUUUUGUCGCUUUGUUUUUAUUGCUACAUGGAAAAUUUGUGUGAAAUUGAAUUAUAUGAAUAUAUAAUUUUUAAUGAA